AUAACUGUUUGUAUAAACGAAUAGAAAAGUAAAAUCGUUUUUAUACCUCUUCUUUACGCUUUAUUUAGAGCUCCUCUCUAUACAGAAAACGCGAACAACACAUUCAGACAUGGAUUUCUACUAUAUGCCCGGUAGCAGCGGAUGCCGCACUGUCCAGAUGGUGGCCAAGGCCGUUGGCGUGGAGCUGAACAAGAAGCUCCUGAACACCAUGGAGGGAGAGCAGCUGAAGCCCGAGUUUGUGAAGCUCAAUCCCCAGCACACCAUUCCCACUCUGGUGGACAAUGGAUUCGCCAUCUGGGAGUCACGAGCCAUAGCUGUCUACUUGGUGGAGAAGUACGCCAAGGACGAUUCCCUCUUCCCCAAGGACCCCAAGAAGCAGGCCGUGGUCAACCAGCGUCUGUACUUUGACAUGGGCACCCUCAACGAUGCCUUCGCCAAGUACUACUAUCCCCUGUUCCGCACUGGCCAGCCCGGCAGCGAUGAGGACUUCAAGAAGAUUGAGACCGCAUUCGGAUUCCUGAACACCUUCCUGGAGGGACAUGACUACGUGGCCGGUGACAACCUCACUGUGGCCGAUAUUGCCAUCCUGGCCCUGGUCUCCACCUUCGACAUCAUUGAGUUCGACUUCAGCAAGUACUCGAACGUGGUCAGGUGGUAUGCCAAUGCCAAGAAGGUGACCCCCGGAUGGGACGAGAACUGGGAGGUUCUCUUUCUCCUCUCGAGCGACAGACACCACACGAUCUCAGUUCCCGAAAUGGAUUUGUACUAUUACCCAGUGGUCAGCGCUUGCCGCAACGUUCUCAUGGUGGCCAAGGCUCUGGGCCUAGAGCUAAACAAGAAACUGGUCAACACCCUUGAGGGGGAGCAGAUGAACCCGGAGUUCAUCAAGAUCAAUCCCCAGCAUACCAUUCCCACCCUGGUGGAUAAUGGCUUCACCCUCUGGGAGUCGCGUGCCAUCGCCAUUUAUCUGGUGGAGAAGUACGGAAAGGACGACUCUCUCUACCCCAAGGAUCCCAAGAUACAGGCCGUGAUCAAUCAGCGUCUUUACUUCGAUCACUCCAAUAUGUACGGCUCCCUGGCCGCAUACUUCUUCAAGGCAUUCCUCACCGGAAAGCUGGGAUCUGAAGAGGACUAUAAGAAGUCCACCGACACUUUCGAGUUCCUCAACAGCUUCCUCGAGGGACAGGAGUAUCUGGCCGCCGAUCACCUUACCUUGGCCGACAUCGCCAUCCUCUCCAAUGUGGCCAACUUUGAUGCCCUAGGAUUUGACAUCAGCAAGUAUCCGAAUGUGGCAAGGUGGUACGCCAACGCCAAGAAGGUGACUCCCGGAUGGGACGAGAACUGGGCAGGAGCUCUUGAAUUGAAGAAGAUGUUAGACAAAAAACUGAAUGCAUCUCAGUAAAUGAAUUGCCUUAUUUUUAUAUCUUUUUUUACAUAAAUAAAAAUAAACUUUUAUAAGA